GAGUAGCGAGAAGGGAAGCAGCGAGCACAGUUCUACCAGGUUCUACACACACUUACGCGAGGAUGUCACUCAUGUACACAUUGCAUGCGCGUGUGUUUCGUACUCAGCUGCACAUCAAUAUGUGGUAGCACGAAUACAACCAGAUAUUACGAAAGUUAAUAAAUUUCUAAGAAUAUUGCAACUCGCAUUAUACCUACAUCGUUACCCACUAAAAAAAUGAUUAAAAUGAAUAUACUUUUGCUGUUUCGUAUUUUUGGUUAUUUCGGUUGCUUUAAAAAAACGUACUAAGCACAAGUAUUUUGACAACAAUGCCUCUGUUUGGAGUCAAGUGCAUUUAUGUGGUAUUGUGCAGAUAAGGAAACACCUUGGGAAAAAAACUCUUCCUGUUCAGUGCGACAAAAGGCAGAAAGCAAAGUGCAGAUAAUCGAAUUCGCGAAUUCGUGCACUUGACCGUUGACAGGACAUAUAGGUCUACCUUUCUUCAGAUAGUUGAACUAACUCGAUUAUACUUUCCACUGUAGUCUACUUUUGAGCAUUCUUGACGGAGGAUUUCGCUGUCUACUUUUAUACCUGCAUUGCCAUUAUUUGAUAAAAUGUCGGACAUUGAAGGCGAUGAUGAGUUCCAAGACGCACAAGAAAGUCCACAGCUCACUACUAUGGACUUGGAAACAGCCUUAAUGGAAUCCAAACAGGCAAUUCAUUAUUUCUUUAAUAAUGAUUUCGAACGAGCAAGAAAAAUUAUGGAACCUUGGGCGGAUAGCAGUAUGUACCACGCCCUGGGAACUAGUGUAUUUGCAUUUUUAGAAGCCAUUUUGACCUUCGAGCAAAAAUAUAUUGAAAAAGCAUCGGAGGCCCUGAAACAGUGCAUUGCUGUGUGCUCGAAACAACGAAGACACACCACUCUCACUCAGAAUAUUGGAAAAAUGGUUAAGAGAACCAAUUACGAUUCUUACACGCUUGAGGAAGUGCAUGCGGAACUGUGUUAUGCCGAAUCGCUCCUCUUGAAGUCGAUGCUUACAUUUGUGGAAGACGAGACUCUGGUCAGCUUUGUCAAGGCUGGAUUGAAAAUUCGAACCUGUUAUCUUUCUUACAAGGAAUGUGCAAUCAUUUUAAAAACUCGAAAAUGGGAAAACGAGUUACAAAGAGCUCAUUUUGAGAGUGGAGUUCAAAUGGGUCUUGGUUCCUUUAAUCUGAUGAUCUCAUUGCUACCUGGAAGAAUAAUCAAACUGCUCGAAUUCAUUGGAUUUUCCGGAGAUAAGACUUAUGGCUUGUCAGAGCUGCACAAAGGCUACAAUGAUCGGAGAGGGAUUCGUCAAGUCUUGUGUGCAAUGAGUCUUCUCUCUUACCACUUGAUUGUCUCUUUCGUAUUGAGUCACACUGAUGGCGAUUUAGAGUGGUGUGAAAAUGCUCUCAACCAAGAAUUGAGUCUCUAUCCAAGCGGGGUCUGGUUUUUGUUUUUCAAAGCAAGACUCGAAUUCGCCAGGGGAAAUCUGGAGGACUGUGUAGAAUGGUAUACAAAAUCAUGGAAGAGUCAAGAACUAUGGCCCCAGUUUCAUCAUCUCUGCUUCUGGGAAUUAAUGUGGGCACAUUCCUUGCAACUGCAGUGGGAUCAGUCUCUCAAAUAUGCGACCUUCCUGGCCAAAGAUUCCAACUGGUCUCGAACUAUUUACUUGUAUCAACAAGCAGCAAUUAUGCUGAUGACUAAACCCGCCUCGAAAAGUGAAGAACGACUCACGGUGGAGACUUUAUUGGUGCAGGCGCCUACUUUCAAGCAACGAAUCGCUGGGAAAUCGUUGCCGAUGGAGAAGUUUGUUAUUAAGAAGGCAGAACGGUAUUUUGCACAGAAGAAGAAUUUAGUCCUUCCUAUGUAUGAGCUUAUGUUUGUUUGGAAUUUGUUCAGAGUGGCAGGGAAACGUCAGGAUAUUAUGAUGAAAAUUUACCAAAUUGUUGAAGCAGAGGAAAAUAUUUUGAAAACGGCAAUCAAAAGUGAGUACCAUGCGGAUAAUGAAUGUCUCAUACUGCUAUUAAAAGGAGCUUGUCUACGCCAAAUGAAACAUCCUCUUCAGGCGGAGGAUUGCUUGAAGAAAGUAUUACAAGCUGAGAAACAGAUUAGAGAAGACACCUAUAUCCUUCCUUAUGCGGCAGUUGAACUUGCCUUACUGGCUCGUGAUCAAGGAAAUAUUCAAGGAGCGAUAUCAUUUUUAGAGGAUGCGAGGAAAAAUUAUACUGGUUACUCGCUGGAGUCAAGAUUGCAUUUUAGGAUACAUGCAGAAUUAAUGGAUCUUACAGGGGGAAAGCAGUCGGGAGCAAAACUACAAAAUGCCAAUGAUAGCGAAAUAAAAAACGGCAAUGGUGGGCAGUGCAUUCCAGAAAUCACAGCCAAGGUUUCGAAUUUUAGGGAUUCGAGUUCUGCCACGUCUAUUAAAAAAAGCGUCUCAAACAAUGCAUAGUUGUUCAGUCUAUCCAAAAAUUGAAGUGACAAAUAGCGAAAAUAAUGUGUACGGAAUGAUUCUUAAACACAUUCGGAACCACAGAGGGGAAAACUCCUCGAUAGGGCUCUUUAAAAAAAUCGAAAAAUCCUUUUUUAAUUUCCAUUUCAUAAUUUUAGCACCCCUUUUUGGUUCAAUAUUAAAAAGCUUAAGAAUUUCCGCGUAUUUAAAAAAUAUAUAUAUAGCAAAAGGUGCAUUAAUAUCUAUACAUAUGUGGUAUGCUCUCUUUAUGCAUGAUAUAUGUAUAAUUAGUAUAUUACUUUUCAAGUGUAUGUAUUUUUUGUAGAUAUACAAGAGGAGGGUUUUAAAUAAUUUGUAUAUAUGUAUUCAUUGAGGUACUUCUAUAUCAUAAUUUAUGCAUUUAUUUAUGAGUAAGGGUACUAUAUCGGUUGGGUAUAGGACUGCAGGCGUGUAUGUGCUGGGGAAAUAUAUUUAAUAUAAAUAUAAAUAUAUUUAAUACAUAUACAUAAUAUAUUUAUUAUUUAUUAUUUAUAUAUUAUAAUAUAUUUAAUAUAUAUUUCAUAAUUAGGCACAUAAAGUAAAGUGAUGAGAUAAGAGAAUUUGAUAUUUAUAUAAAAAAAAUGAUAUAUUGUACAUAUAUAAGAACACAUCACGCAUAUUUUAUAAUACAUCGUUCUAUAAUUUUGUAACGAUCAAGAAGCGAGUUCGGUCAUAGGUAAUUAGGCAUAUUCUCUGUAUUAAAAAAGAGUAUGCUGAGGCCCAUUCGCUCCGUGCGUCACGCACACAAUUAAAGGAAUAGAGAAUUAAUUAGUGUUAAUUAAGAAUGUAAAAAUUGUAAUUUGCUAAGUAAAAUUGAUUUUGUUAAAUAUUAGCGACACCUAAACUAUCUAAAAAAAGCCGGAGAACAGGUAUAGUAGGUAAGGGGACUUAUUAGUUCAUGCGCUAAAGAAAACAGGGAUUUUUAUAUAAUUUGAGAGCUAAAGAAUUGAGGGCCCGGAUCAAGGAACCGGUUCUUUGAUCCAGGUCCACAAUUAAUAAAUAUAGGGCUGGAAAAGGCAUUAAUAUAUGUAAAUUAUUAAAUAAAUUAUUUG